AUGAAAAAGCCAGCUAAGAAACGCUCCCGGAGACAAGGCAUCAAGAAAACGCGAAUGAAGCAGGAAGCCAAACACAAAAAACCCGAGCCCAUUAAACCCAUCCUCUACACACGACGUUUGAAAUCACGAAAGCAAAAGAAGAUCAAACAGAUUGCUCCGCCCCUUUGUAGCAAUGCACUUCCCAUCAUGAGAGACCCCAAAUUUGAUGAUGAUCCUUUUGAUGAUGAUGAACAGAAGGCUCCCUCGAGUUUUCGUGAUAUGAUGAGGCGUAUAAAUGACAUUAAAGGCCAUCGAAAUCCAUAUCGAUACAGCUCAAACGAGGGUGAUACAAAGGGCAUGCGUUCGGAACCACCGGAUAUUAUUCCCAAACAGGGCGAGAAGGAGACAGCCGAAAGCUACGCGCGGCGCUUGAACCGUUGUGUACAGGACGAGUUAGUGAAGAUAACUGUAGCGAAAAAGGAUAAGGCUCCUCUUGUCGAUCCCGAAACACAUAAGUCUACAAAGACCAGGAAGGCACUCAAGCGCCUGGCGGCAAAGAAGGAGAUGAAGAAGGUGUUUAGAAUAGAGAAGAAUCUAACCGGUUUUGAGCACCUUAAGGACAGUGUGAAGUUUGGUGAAGUGGUCCAAGGUCCACCGGUGUUGAAAACGAAGCCGAAGAAGGUUGGAGGCGGUUCCACGUCGAAUGACCUCACGCUAACCGUCGGUCGUCGAGAAGAUGGCUGCGUCAGGAGUAUGACCCCUUAA